CUUCCAGAAAGCUCCCGGUGAAUUCCACAGCAUUCUUUGGGCGUGAGUCAUGCAGGUUUGCAGCCAGCCCCAAAAGGGGUGUAGACGAGACAGAGCGCUAUAAAUACGCGCGCCUCACGGUGCUCACCACGCGGCGUCGCCAGGAGCAGCGCACGGUCGCCGGGCGCCGCUGACCGAGGCCUGCUGGGAUUCCAGAAUUGGAGAGGGAGGCACGAUGAAGACUCUCCUGCUGCUGGUGGGGCUGCUGCUGACCUGGGAGAAUGGACGGGUUCUGGGAGACCAGAUGGUCUCAGACACUGAGCUCCAGGAAAUGUCCACCGAGGGGAGUAAGUACAUUAAUCGGGAAAUUAAAAAUGCUCUCAAGGGGGUGAAGCAGAUAAAGACCCUAAUAGAACAAACAAACGAGGAGCGCAAAUCCCUGCUCACCAACUUGGAAGAAGCCAAGAAGAAGAAAGAGGAUGCCCUGAAUGACACCAAGGAUUCAGAAACGAAGCUGAAGGCGUCGCAGGGGGUGUGCAACGACACCAUGAUGGCCCUCUGGGAGGAGUGUAAGCCCUGCCUGAAACAGACCUGCAUGAAGUUCUACGCCCGCGUCUGCAGAAGCGGCACGGGGCUGGUUGGCCACCAGGUUGAGGAGUUCCUGAACCAGAGUUCUCCCUUCUACUUCUGGAUUAAUGGCGACCGCAUCGACUCCCUGCUGGAGAAUGACAGGCAGCAGACCCACGCCCUGGACGUCAUGCAGGACAGUUUCGACCGGGCGUCCAGCAUCAUGGAUGAGCUGUUCCAGGACAGAUUCUUCACCCGUGAGCCCCAGGACCCUUUCCACUUCUCACCCUUCAGCUCAUUCCAGCGGAGGCCUUUUUUCUUCAAUAUCAAGCCCCGCUUUGCCCGGAACAUAAUGCCUUUCCCUGGCUACCAGCCCUUGAAUUUCCACGACAUGUUUCAGCCCUUCUUCGACAUGAUACACCAGGCUCAACAGGCCAUGGAUGUUAACCUGCACAGACUCCCCCACUACCCAAUGGAAUUCACAGAAGACAACAAGGACGGCGCCGUGUGCAAGGAGAUCCGUCACAACUCCACAGGGUGCCUGAAGAUGAAGGACCAGUGUGAAAAGUGCCAGGAGAUCUUGUCCGUGGACUGUUCGUCCAACAACCCCGCUCAGGUCCAGCUGCGACAGGAACUUAAUAAUUCCCUCCAGAUUGCCGAGAAGUUCACCAAGCUGUACGACGAGCUGCUGCAGUCCUACCAGGAGAAGAUGUUCAACACGUCCUCCCUGCUGAAGCAGCUGGACGAGCAGUUUAGCUGGGUGUCCCAACUGGCAAAUCUCACUCAGACCGAGGACCCAUUCUAUCUCCAGGUCACGACGGUGAGUUCCCAGACUUCUGACUCCAGUGCUCCCUCUGGCGUCACUAAGGUGGUUGUGAAGCUCUUCGAUUCCGACCCCAUCACCGUGAUCCUCCCAGAAGACCUCUCCAGGAACAAUCCUAAAUUUAUGGAGACCGUGGCAGAGAAAGCCCUUCAGGAAUACCGCCAGAAGAGCUGGGAGGAAUGAGAUGGGAACACUGCCUCUCCACAUGGCGGGUGUCUGAGUUCCAUCGCCCCCGAGAUGAGCGAUAGGCCCCUAGAGAGAGCUCCGCAUGUCACCGAGUGACCGGGCCUUGCCUUGAGGCCCUCCUGUCCCCUCACCCCGCCUGUCCUCCCUCUGGACUCCGCAUUGUAACACCAUGUUCGCUGAUCAUGGGAAGAACUCCUGUGUGCCACUAACUCAAUAAAACCACCAGUAAUCUGAA